AUGCGCUCCUUGCCUCGGCUCGGACGAAAAUGGACGCCUCUCAACUUCACCAACCCCAAUUUCAUUCGACUCCCUAUAAGCCAGGCAAUCGAGGAGGAGACGAUUCCGGGCUAUGUGGCUGGUCGAUACUAUCCGACUCGAAUAGGGGAGAUCUUACAGGAUCGGUACCAAGUGUUGGGGAAAUUGGGGUUCGGAGCGAGCUCCACUGUUUGGCUUGCGCAUGACAUGGAUUAUCGCCGCUAUGUCACUCUUAAGAUUUUCAUCAAGUCCACGUCAAUGGGUCAGCAGCUAGACGACGAACUUAACAUAUACAAACGUAUCCAAGGAGCCUCGCAAAGUCAUCCUGGUUGUAGAUAUGUUCGAUCACUGUUGGACACUUUCGAUAUCAACGGACCUGAAGACAACCAUCGAUGUCUCGUGCAUCCGCCGCUCUGGGAGAGUGUACUGGAUUUUCUACACCGUAACCCGGUGCGAAGACUGCCUCCGGUCAUUGUAGCAGUUACUCUUCAUCGUCUAUUUCUUGCGUUGGACUAUUUGCAUACCGAGUGCAAGGUUAUUCAUACCGAUAUCAGAGCCGAUAACCUCAUGCUCGGCAUCGACGAUGAUUCUGUCUUCCAUGAUUUCGAAGAGAACGAACUCCGUCACCCCUGUCCGAGAAAGGAACUUGAUGGAAGGACAAUCUAUACCUCUCGUGGACUCAAAAUGCCUAAAGAACUAAGUGCGCCUGUUCUCUGCGACUUUGGCUCGGCCGUGUUCGGAGAUGAAGAACACUCGGAAGAUAUUCAGCCUAAUAUCUAUCGAGCCCCGGAGGUGAUUUUGCAAGUUCCGUGGACAUAUAGCGUUGAUAUCUGGAAUGCGGGAUGUGUGCUGCCUUUAAUUCUCACCAACAUCAUCAAGAUCCUCGAGGAACUUACCAUGUGGUUAUUGAGAAUAGAUUAUUUGAAUUAUUUUGCGUACUUAAUCAAGGCGGACCUUACCUAA